GCGCAAACUCCGUUUUUCUCCUUCAUCGUGCCCUACCUUGGCAAGUAGCUAGCUAGCUAGUUGUAACAACAGGGCAAGCAAGCGACGGAGGAGGCUACCCAGAGAGGAAUAUUGUGCUGUUGUAGCAUUGUAUUCACCGUAAAGAAAAGGCACAAUGGCUGUACCUCCCUCAUACUCAGACUUGGGGAAAUCUGCCAAGGAUAUCUUCAGCAAGGGUUAUGGUUUUGGAAUUGUGAAGCUGGAUUUGAAAACCAAAUCCCAAAAUGGAGUGAUGGAAUUUAACACCUCUGGCUCCACCAACGUGGACACAGGCAAGGCCGGGGGCAACCUCGAGACCAAGUACAAGAUGAAGGAGAUCGGCCUGUCCUUAACGCAGAAGUGGAACACAGACAACACUCUCGGCACUGAGGUGGCUGUGGAAGACCAGCUAACACAGGGGCUUAAAGUGGCUCUCGACACUUCGUUCGUCCCGAACACAGGGAAGAAGAGCGGGAAGCUGAAAUCCAGCUACAAGCGCGACUACAUCAACCUGGCCUGUGACCUGGACUUUGAGGGUCCCAUUGUCCACUCGUCCGCCGUCUUGGGCUAUGAGGGAUGGCUGGCUGGCUAUCAGAUGGCCUUUGACACGGCCAAGUCCAAGCUGGUGCAGAAUAACUUUGCUCUAGGCUUCAAGGCCCAGGACUUCCAGCUUCACACGAACGUGAAUGAUGGAACAGAGUUCGGUGGCUCCAUUUACCAGAAGGUGAAUGAUCAGCUGGAAACUGCUGUGACCCUGGCUUGGACGGCAGGCAGCAACAACACACGAUUUGGCAUUGCUGCCAAGUACCAGCUGGACAAGGACGCCUCCAUUUCAGCCAAAGUAAACAAUGCUAGUCUGAUUGGAGUUGGCUACACUCAGAGCCUGCGACCAGGAGUCAAGCUCACUCUUUCGGCGCUAGUCGACGGCAAGAACUUCAACUCAGGAGGUCACAAGGUUGGCAUGGGAUUCGAACUGGAGGCGUAGAGGUCCUUCUCUGAAUGACAUGACAAAUAAAUGACAAAGAGCUGAGAGCCCA